UACUGAUAAACAGAAUUAAAUCCCCAGUUUUCGCCCCAAAUUGAUGAUGAACAGAUGAAAGUCAAGUUGACCUGCAACUCCGGUUUUUAUUUCUACAAAUUCAAUCCGAGUUGCGACUGAAAAAAAUAGAUAUGGAAGACGCAAAAAAGAAAAGGCGAAGGGGACCGUACAAGCGAGACGAGAAUGACGCAAGAAAAAAAGAAUUGAUACGGCUAGAUACAAAAUUGAGUGAAGAGAGCAAUCUGAAAUUUGAUAUAUCUGGCGAAAGGAACUUCACAGACUACUUGCAUUUCAUGGAUCCUAGAUUUCAAACGAAUUCUUCACCAAAAACAGACGAUUCUUUGACUUACCUGGAUGAAAUUUCGAAGUUCCCUGAACAUUCCGAGGGUGCAUUGGGUGAUCAAAGGGAUUUUGAACCUGCAAAAGGACAAGUACUAAAGGAAGACAACACAGCAAACAAAUACCAUGGUUCUUUAAGUAUUGACCAAGAUGAUGUUCAGUUGGAGGAAAUGUAUAUGUAUGAACUAUCAGAUGAAAAUAAUUGGGAGGAAUAUGAAGACUGUGUAGAGUUACUGAAUGACUCUGAUACAGAGCUUGAUUUUGACAAAAACAACUUCACGGGCGAAAAUGCAGAGAACAUCUUAAAUGAAGAUGACCAGCUUCUUUACCCUGGUGCUUCAGUGUCCAUUGGAAGCUUCAUGCUUUUGUUCACAUCUUUCAUCAUGAAACACAGCAUUAGCAGUGAUGGGAUUUUACAGUUGUUAAACAUAUUUUCAUAUGUCUUACCAAGCAGCCAUAUACUGUGCACAAGUCUAUAUGACUACAAGAAAUUUUUUUGCAAUUUGAAAAAUCCAUUGGUAAAGCAUUUCUACUGUGUCCAUUGCCUAGGAUAUUUAAAAUCCAAUACAGAGACAACAUGUCCAUAUAAUGGGUGUAGAAAACUCCUCAAUGAAAAUGACAUCAUGUACUUUUUGGAGAUGCCAGUUGAAAAUCAGGUGAGAAAUUUUUUUUCACAAGAAGGAUUCUUUGAAAAACUUCAAGUGAGAUUUCAAGGACAAAACAGGGAUGGAAAAUAUAGAGAUGUGUAUGAUGGACAACUGUACAAAUCCUAUUGUGAAAAUGAUGGGCCGCUGUCACAACCAGAAAACAUAUCUUUUACAUUCAACACAGAUGGUGCCCCUGUAUUCAAGAGCAGUAAAGUUUCAGUUUGGCCAUUAUUCAUGGUAAUAAAUGAGUUACCUUACAAACUACGCAUGUUGAAAGAGAACAUGAUAAUGGCAGGACUUUGGUUUGGCCCACACAAACCAGCCAUGGGAACUUACCUAUCUCCAUUCUUGGAUUCUUUUAAAAGAUUGCAUGACGGGAUAAAUUGCUUUUCUCCUUCUCUAGGAAACUUUAUAAGUAAAGGCUACCUACUUUGUGGCACAGCAGACCUUCCAGCUCGUUGUCUUGUAUGCAAUGGUGUUCAGUUUAAUGGAGCAUAUUCCUGUUGGAAAUGCAUGCAAAAAGGCGAAACAGCAAAACGUGGAAAAGGACACACACAUGUUUUUCCAUAUUUGUCUGCACAUCCCAAAGGUCCAGAAAGAACAGUAAAUGCUGUUUGUCGCGAUGCACAAGAAGCCCUAGAUAAUCUGGAGAGAGGAACUUCCCGACCUAGUGUCAAUGGUGUAAAAGGGCCAUCAUGGCUGACUUUUUUCCCCAAGUUUGACAUUGUAAAUGGAAUUGCUAUUGACUAUAUGCAUGGGGUGUUGCUCGGUGUUCAAAAAUUGAUGUUACGUCUCUGGUUUGCAGCAGAGUUUAGUACUAAAAAUUUCAGUUUUCAUAAACAUGUCAAAGAUGUUGACAAUAGAUUAAGAAAUUUAAAGCCAUCAUUAGACAUUAGUAGGUUACCUCGAUCUAUUGAAAAUGACUUGAAGUACUGGAAAGCUUCAGAAUACCGUUCAUUUUUGUUGUACUUUGGUGCACCUGUUUUGUAUGGUAUUUUAGAUUCAGUUAGGUUUCAGCACUUUUUGCAUCUUGUCAAUGCCAUGCACAUUCUUUUAAAAGAAGGUAGCUCACAUGAUCAAAUUUCAGAUGCAGAAUCAAUGUUAUUCAAUUUUUGUGCUGACUUUGAAGUUUUGUAUGACAAAUGUUUCAUGACACUUAAUAUUCAUCAGCUCUUACACUUAGCAGAUAAUGUUCGUUUUCUAGGGCCAUUGUUUACUCAUAGUUGCUUUUCAUUUGAGGAUAAAAAUGGCUGUCUGUUGAAAAUGAUCCAAGGCACACAGCACAUUGAUAGUCAGAUUGUUACUGGUGUCUCUUUUUUGCAGAAAUUGCCUGAAUUGAAACAAAAGUAUGUGAAAAACACAGUUGAAGGGUCAAAAUUAGAAAAACUAUUCAACUCUAUUGAGUCACCAAGUGUAUUGAUUAGAUGUGAAAUGAUAGAAAAGGGGGUGUAUGUUUUAGGUGGGGUAAAAUCUCGAGAUUUGACUAGAGAUGAAUACAGAAAGCUCUGUGAUUAUCUGGGCCAUGCACCAAUUAUUGACAAAUUUAGUACAUUCAAAAGAAUUGAUUUUUUCAAUCACAUCAUAUAUGGUUUGGAGUAUGCAAGAAUGAUGAAGCGUGACAAUUCCACAGUAAUGUAUUUUUGUGGAGAUGCAAUGUACUUUGGUCGAGUAAGAUUUUUUCUACUCAUUAAUGACAAGAGCACAGUCAUAGCUCUGAUAGAAACACUUAACUGCUUGAAUUUUUCUGAGCAUUGUAAUAUAUUGAGAGUACAGAAAACUGGUCAAACAAAGUUUAUUGCAAUGAAAAAUGUUAAAGAAGGAUGUAUGUUUUUGGAAGUCCAGAGUAAUAUUGAAAAUAUUUGUUAUGUGUGUCGUUACCCUAAUAGAAUAGAAUCUGAUUGAUUUUGUUGGGGAUUAUAAUUAUCUGCAUUGAAAUGUCAAUAAAGUGG